CUCGUUUCAGCUGAUCAUGAAUGGCUUUGAUUAUUCCUGACUCAUCGACAUGUGACAUAAGUAUAAGUUCUGAAGUUUUGCAAGAUCUAGAACCUAGAUCUUCUCUAUAUGAUUGAUAUAGAUCUAGAAUCUAGUAUUGCCUUAGAUUGUUAGUCUAAGGGGAUGACUAAUGAACUAAGGCUGUAACUGUGAAGACAGUUACCAGCUGUGGACAACAAUGUCGAGAUCUCAGAGAACCUCGUCACACAGCUCGUACAACUCCAUCAAUGCCAGUGGUCGCUACUCUCACCACAGUGAUGAUGAUGGGGGUGACGAUGAGGCGGACUCACUUCUACCAUCCUACGCUGAUGUGGAGAAGAAGACUCGAGAUAUGGCAGGGUCUCAAUGUAUGGCGGCCAGGCAUGUUCUGGCCCUGAUGGCCUUCCUUGGGUUUGUGAAUGUCUACUGUCUCAGGGUGGACCUCAGUGUGGCACUGGUUGCCAUGGUGAACUCCACAUCCUCCAAAAACUCCACUGGCAGUCAGGAGUGUCCUGAUCCGCAGGGUGGGAACUCUACCUCCACAAAAAAGAGCGGAGAGUUCAACUGGAAUGAGGAAACACAAGGCUACAUCCUGGGAGCCUUCUUCUACGGCUACAUAGUGACCCAACUGCCUGGUGGGUGGCUGGCUUCUAAAUUUGGAGGGAAGAAUCUCUUUGGAUUUGGGGUUCUGUGUACCAGUGUCCUGACAAUCAUCACGCCAUUUGCUGCCAGGUUCAGUGUUUACAUGCUGAUAGCUGUCAGGGUGCUGGAGGGUAUUGGGGAGGGUGUGACGUUUCCUGCCAUGCAUGCGAUGUGGGGAAGCUGGGCUCCGGUAUGGGAGAGAAGCAAGCUUGCAGCAUUCACCUAUGCAGGUGCUCAACUUGGUACAGUUAUCUCCCUGCCCAUCUCUGGGAUACUGUGUGAUAGUGACAUUGCUGGUGGCUGGCCUUCAGUCUUCUAUAUAUUUGGUUCACUGGGGUGUAUCUGGUUCGUUGCCUGGAUGUUGAUUGUCCACAACACUCCGGCUGAUCAUCCACGGAUAUCAUCCUCGGAGAGGGAGUACAUUGAGAGCUCUAUAGGGAAAAAGGAGGAUAUCAGCACACCAUGGAAACAAAUCUUCACCUGCCCAGCUGUCUGGGCCAUAGCUGUAGCACAUUUCUGUAACAACUGGGGCUUCUACACCCUCCUCACCUGUCUGCCCACCUACAUGAAACAAAUUCUCAAGUUUGACAUGAAAGAGAAUGGCAUACUGUCAGGUAUUCCUUACCUGGUGGCCUGGGUCAUGCAGACGGGUUCUGGUUUUGCUGCUGAUUUCCUGCGAGGGCAUGGCUACCUGUCUACUGGAAACACACGCAAAAUAUUUAACACAAUAGGGCUGAUAACUCCAGGUGUCUUGCUGAUUGUGGUGGGUUAUGUGGGCUGUGACCAUACCCUGGCCAUGACCUUCCUGUCCCUGGGUGUGGGGCUUGGGGGGUGCAUCAUGGGAGGCUACAACAUCAACCACCUGGAUAUAGCCCCAAAGUUUGCAGGUGUUCUGAUGGGGAUAACCAACGGCCUGGCCACCAUACCUGGUUUUGUUGGACCUGCUGUAGUUGGCUACCUGACAAACAACAAUCAAACCAGAGGCCAGUGGCAAAUUGUCUUCUACAUCACAGCCGCCAUCUACUUCUUCGGUGCCGUGUUCUAUGACGUGUUUGCCAAGGGGGAAGAGAUGGCCUGGUCCAGGUGUCCAUACAAGGAGAGGAUCCUUGAAAUAGAGGAGUCCCCACCACCUGCACAGGCCAGGGGUCAGGGGUCAAGGUUGCCCAUUGCCAACACAGAUCUACCACCUGCAUAUUCUGAAGAAGAGUAAACAUUUACGUAGAAAUAGAUUCAGUGUCAGAUUAUUUUGGAAACAUUAUUUUAUAACAUCAGCUGUUGUAGAUAGAGCUGAAUUCAUUAGGAAUAAAUUUUUAAAAAAUCAGAAUGCUUAGGUAGAGCUAGACUCAUUGUAGACAUACACAGGAAAAAUCAUUUUUUUUAUAAUCACAAUAGUUUGAUAAAGCUAGAUUCAUUUUUAAUAAUGAUGAAGAUAUUUACAACCUGUGAGUAAAAAUCAUGGGUGUGAAUGCAUACAGUGUAUUUCUUACUCAAUGAUGAGUGUUGUUAAUUGUAAAUUGUAUAAAAAAUCUUGUGUAAAUGUUUACAUUGACAGAAUUAUGUGUUUAAUGUCAAUAAUGUAAAAUACUUAUAAUUUUAAGAGCAAAAUAUUAUGUUGGCAAAUUUGAGUAUAAAUAACAUGCUCAUAAUACAUUAC